CAACGUGCGACUAGUACGUGUUCUCGGUGAACCACACGUUCAAGAACCCGUUCCUACGUUGAGACUCUCGGAAACCAUGUCUAUAAUACCGGCGUGAUAGACAGCCAUACCCUCCACGCCUGUUCGCCACAAGCCCAACUGCACCCCCUUCAUCAUGACUCAUCCGAUUAUCGUCAUCGCCAACUUCUUGACCACGAUCAAGUCGAUAUGGGAGCUCUCGCGCACGGUCCGCGAGAAACGGGCUGCCAAGACUCUAAAGACCCAGACCGAGAGCACCCUUGUUCUUCUGCAGCGAGUAUACCGCAAAGGACUGCUCCUGGAGAGAGAGUUCGACUGCCUCUUCGAACGCUUAAUGCGUGCAGAGGCCUAUAACGACGUUGCCGCACUAUGGAAGAUUCGUGCCCACGUCCAAGCCAUCCUGACAAUGGAAUCUGGACGGCGGGCCCAGCGACGGGUAGAACGAUAGGGGGAUAUGGUUUACUAAACUAGCUCGCCCUAGGGCAUGCUGUAGGAUAGUAAUACAAGAG